AUGUCGGAUCCCUUGAGUGUUGCCGCUUCAAUCGCAGGACUAAUCUCAAUCACGGUUGAAGCCGUCAAGUUCCUCAGCCCAUAUGUCUCAGCGGCCAAAGAGACCCCGCAGGUCGCGGCGCACGUCUACUCUGAAGUCCAAAGCACCCAGAUUAUACUGAUGGGUCUUCAGAGCCUGACGAAAGACCUUAAGUCUGUCAACGCUCAGCAUGCCGCCCUGAUUGGGGUGAACCAGGUAGUGGCUGUCCUCACGGAUGGGGUUCUUCUUUACUCGGAGCUGCAUAAGGAACUUCAGUCGUUGUGGGCGAAAGAUGGCGUGGAAAAGGUGCCGCUGAGAGGACGCUUGCAGUGGGUUUGGAAGGAGAGUACGUUUGUCUCACUCUUGAAUAGACUGCAGAAUUUCAAGAGCUCAAUGACACUUGUCUUGAUGAUUUUACAAAGUGAUUCUGGCCAGAGAGCAAAAGAACACCAGGAGAAGCUGUCCAAUAAUGUCAAGGUUCUUCUAGACAGCAAUGACGCCCUGUCGCGCCGGCUGAUGAACAUUGAGGAUGCUUUAGAUGACCAGACUAUUAUUUCCAGGCGCAUGAGCAUUCUCUCUUUGAGCGUAUCUCCAUCUCAAAAUACAGGGCAGGAAUCAACUGCAGAAUCGCCAAUUAUAUCAAUCACCAACGAGACCAGCCCUUCUAUAUCAAGGUUUGACUUCGAGGAUGAUCUUGAGUCAUCACGCGUGUAUCGCCGCGCAGUGAGAGAAACCAUGGAUUAUUCAUUCCGGAGCUCGGUUGCAAAAUCGCAUAAUUGGUCUGUCUUCUCAGGAUUAAGUCUAGGAGAUGUAUCUAUCAUGUCAGUCAUAGCAUUGCCCGUCUAUCAAGACGAUAUCACCAAUGCGGAGCACUAUGAUUUUGGAGAAGAAGCUGCUCCCAAUGCUGGAACGCCUGUGCCAGUCAUGGACCAGCCUCUGUUGAUAGAAUGUCUUGAGCUGAAGCUCAAGCUUCUCACGAUACCCGGGAUGUCGGGGUACUUUGACGAGCCGCGUUUCACCGUUGACGACUUCUCUCACCUCUGGACGGUUCUCCAGCAAGUUACACCAUUAGCUAUCCUUGCUCAGGCUCUGGAUCCGACUCUAAACUUAGGUGCCGGUCUGCCUGAGGACCUGACCGACAACGCCAGGAAAGAACUGAUUUUAUGGUUUGCUCAGUUCUGCCACGACAAACUCGAUAUAGAAACAAGCAGCCUGAUUACAGUUCAGGAUCUGAUGGGGGGUGGUGCUUAUGGCAUUUUUAAGGCCAUUUCCCUCAUUUCGUAUAUUACCCGGAACUUGGCAAUCCCUAAUCCUUCUAUGAAUGAUUUGUCUUCAGCCAAAGCACAAGUUGACGCUCAGCCACCAGAGCUUCGAAAGCUGCUCAUGGAGCAGCGCCAGUUCGCCCGGGAUCUCAAUGAACUCCUUGAGCUGAAAGAUCAACUCCAGAUGUUUUCGAACCACAUAUUUCUAGGAUUAAGAAUACUCGCAGACACACAUGUUGCAUUCCUUACUACUAUGGAGCGGAAACUUUUCUGUCCAUCAGCCCUUCAAAUAUGGGCACCAGCAUUUGACGAUAUUCUGAAAUUUGUCAGCGUUGAAGCAUCGUUUUAUGUCAACUAUACCAAUCACAGAGCCAGCAUACAACUUUGGCUGAAAAAAGGACAUUUCAAAGACAAGGAGAAGAUAAGAGAAUCUUUGUACUUGGGAACCCGACCGAUUGCCACAGAAGAGCAGAAGAAGGAUCGCAGCAGGUGUCAAUCUUCUAUCUCGAGCAUUGUUUCUCAUCUACAGGAUAAGGAGAUUUCUACGGCUACCCAAGUGGCUGUUCAAGAGCUUCGACAGCGGGUAGAGGACUGGAAGGGUAUUGAUCCCGGUGAUCUCGGAGAAAUGGUUCUUUCUAAGACACUUUAUGUGACCAAGAGUUCCAAAACCAACCUGUAUCACGGGUAUCUUUUCCAGAACAUGCUUCUGCUCUGUAAAGAGACUCGUGGUAAACAUAUAGGAGAGCGGUCGUCUUCCAAGUCGAAAUCUUUAUCUGAAGAGAAGCAGACAAAGUUCAUACUAAAGGGGCGGUUUCAUCUAAGACACAUUCUCUCGGUCACUCCAACCUCUCACCAUGGCAAACAUACAUGCGAGGUUGAGUGGAGCACUGGAACUGAAGGCAUUAAAUCAUCAUUCUCACUCAUGUUCGUGGUUGAGCCAGAGAUGCGAGAAUGGGCAUCGAAGAUCGAUGAGUAUAGAAUGAUGGCAAUACUCAUGGUGAAGCCCCAAGGUGUUCCAGAACUGAAUUUGCAAAUAGAAGGGGUCGUUGGUGAAACUGUGCCUGAAGAUUUGACUGGGCGAAUGAAGUCACGGAAGCGAUAUGGGGUAAUUAAAUAA